AUGUCAGGAUUCUUCUCAGGGUGGUGGGGCUCGUCCUCGCCGUCUCCCGCUCCUGAACCCGCCAAGUACGACCCGACGGACCCGACACAGAACCCUCUCAACCCGCAGGGUCUUAAGCCAUGUUGCGCAUGCCCGCAGACAAAGUCCGUCCGCGAUGACUGCUUCCUGAAAUUCGACUCUUCAGUGGCAGACGAGAAGUGCAAGGAGCUCGUGCAGGCGCACAUAGCUUGCAUGCGGGGUUACGGGUUCAAGGUGUAA